GCUCUCGCACUCCUUCAGCGCUGACCGGUGCUGGCACAAAUAGCACCACUGCUCUGGGAGCACUUUUAAUCAACAUUUGUGGUGGAUAUGCGGUGAUCACACUUCUCAUUUAACGCAGUUCAUAGAGGUUGGGCAAUGUGCUAAUGAUGCCACCAUUCAGUGAAUGGGAUUUGCACCUUUGUUUAUUGCAUUUAUUCCAGUGCAACGGCAUCAGUAUGACACUUAAGUGAGCCUCUGUCUUUCAAGCCAAAGUCGCUAAGUAAAGAACUCCAGCAGUCUACUAAGGCUGUGUCUGUAUGGAUGGGAAUGGGAACACGGGCUGCCUGCAAUAACCAUGUACAAAUUACAUGGAAACAUCAUGUUUUUACCAUACUGCUGCUUGUUCUUGUUUUAGCAUUACAAGCAUCGGCCCAGUGUAGGAUCCUAAAGUGUAACUCAGAAUUUGUGGCAGCAACUUUAGACCUGGGAGGCAGUGGUGGUGGUGGUGGUGGGAAAGAUGCAGGCAAUGUAGGUUACUGCAGCGCGCUGCGCUCCUACGCCACCUGCACCCGGCGCACUGCCCGUGCCUGUCGAGGUGACCUUGCUUACCACUCUGCAGUGCAGGGCAUUGAGGACUUGCUCAUUCAGCACCGCUGUCCUAAGUCAGGGCCCACGGCUCAACCCCGUCCUCUACCCCAGACCCCGGUAUCUGGGGAUGCCUGCUUUUAUGAGAAAAACUAUGUACAGCGCGAAGGCCGUGCACCAGAGUACCUGCACUGUGGUGUGUUCGGAGACCCUCAUAUCCGCACCUUCAACAAUGAGUUCCAGACUUGUGCUGUACCUGGAGCCUGGCCCCUCAUUGACAACCAGUUUCUCUACAUACAGGCCACCAGCUCAGCCACUAGAGAGAGCUCUCAUGCCACUACUCUUACCAAGGUCACUAUAAUUUUUAAAAACUGGCGGGAGUGUGCUGAGCAGCAGAUUUACCAAGCCGAGAUAGACAAUGUCCCUGCAGCAUUUGUAGAUGGUUCUACAAGCAGUGGUGAGCGGCGUGGUCAGCACAGCCUGCAGGUGCGUUCCCAAGCCCUGGGACGCCAUGCUGAGAUCUGGGCAGCGCACAUUGGCACCACAGUGGUGGUACGUCAGAGCGGCCACUCGCUGGGGCUAGCUGUGCGCUCUCCACGUGCCAUUAUCGAAUCAUAUACCCCUGAGCAGGACUUGCAGCUGUGCCUGUGGGGAUGCCCAGCAUCUCAGCGCUUACAAACACCACCUGUGUGGCCCACCACACAUGCAUACAUACACUGUUCAUCGUUAUUGCCAGCACAGGACGUCUACUUCCAAGCAUGUCUUUUUGAUCUGCUGGCCACUGGGGACAUGAACUCCAGCUCGUCUGCGCUCGAGGCUUUGGAGGAUGCCCGAGCCAUGAUUGCUGACCCAGAAAAGGUGCAUCUGUUAGCAGCUGCGGCAACCAUCAGGCAACCAUCAUUGCUCAUGACAGCAUUCAUGACCCUGCUUACAAUUAGACUCAUGUUUUAAAUGUGAUCAUGCUGGUAUCACUCAAAUGGCAGCUAUUUUCUAUUUUGAGAUUUUUUAUAAAAUAGUCAUACUGUACCUCUUUCAUGUCCUAUUUUCUCAAAACCGUGAUGACUAAACAAACAGAUCUAUGUAAAAUGGAUGUCCCGAUAUAUGAUUAUAUGUGAUCUGAAAUAUUCUCCAGUAAUAUGGAAUGUUAUUGUUAAGUUAAUUUACAAUACUGUAAUAUUAUUUAAUAUAGAAAUCUCUGUUAUUAUGACUAGGUUGAAAGGAAUGGAUGUCCCACAGGAUGUACUCGAGCAGACAGUCUGGAACUGUCUCUUGGGAGACUCAGUAUUAUGUUAUUUAAAAAUAUGUAAGUAAAAUCUUGGUCAAUUUUUGAUAUGAUCUUUUUCAAUUCAUAUUAAAAAAACAUGAAAACAUAUUAGAUUGUAGGCCUUCUAUUACCACAAACAAUGGCUUUCAAUUCUAAAACAGUUUUAAAACCAGAUACUGUUUUUACAGUUACCAUUCCUUCAGUGUUUGAGGUAAAUCAUACCUGGGACCACAGUGACUGUGGAAUGAGUUUUAACAUAUCAUUAUAAUCUACAUCAACACAUCUACCACAUAUAUUUCAUGGAUGGUCAUGUCAAGCUCUAAUUGUGUACCUUGUUUUACUUGUGUGCAUAUACUGUAUACUACAAGUCAAAAGUUUGGACACACCUACUCCCUAAAGAUUGUUUUUCUUUUCCUAUUUUCUACAAUGCCAAAGGCUAUAAAGGUAUGAAAAAGAACAAAGCAAAAAGUAUUAAAAAAUAUCAAACAAAA